UAUCUAUAUUAACCAAGAAACAAAAUCAAUUAAAUUUGAAUUAUAUAUAUAUAUAUAUUUUCUCAGAGCCCAGCAGAGAGAGAGAGAGCCAUUGAUUCGUUCUUUCCUAACCGUCAACCCCGUCCGUUUCGGUUCUAAACACCUGUAAUCUCUAUCUCUCUCUCUCUCUCUCUCUCUCUCUCAUACAAAACCCAUUCCUUCAUUUCGGUUUUGGGUUUGGGUUUGGGUUCACCUUCUUUCUUUCUUUCUGGGAAAAAGUUUUUCCCCAUGAAACAGGAUGACGAUGAAUCCAAUCAAUUCCAAUCAUCUCCAUCCCCCACUCUCUCCAUUCUACACCUCUGAUUUCCAUUCCCAUUUCCAAUCUCAAGCGAGCUAAUAAUCUCUCUCUGCCUGUCACUGUGUUUGUCUCUGUCUCGUCCAUAUUAAUUUGACUCGGGCCGUGAUGACCCGGAAAGCUCUGCUGGAAUCGCCACCCACAAUGAAGCGGCGCGUGGGGGAGGUGGCGGGAGGGGCGGCGGCCGAGUGCGCGGCGGUGUGCUGCUGCUGCCCCUGCAGCAUGAUGAACCUGCUCGUCUUGGCCUUCUACAAGCUCCCUCGGGGCCUCUGCAGGAAGGCUUCGGCCAAGAUCAAGAAGAAGCGCCGCUGCAAGAAGGGCCUGUUGCCCCGCCCCAGGCCCACUGGCGACGGCGACUUUAAGACGACGGUCAGCGGCGGCGUGCACGAUGAUGAUUGUGACAAGAAGAAGAACGACGACGCGGAAUCCGAUGGGGCUGCCUUCGAGAAGGAGAUGUGGGACCGGUUUUACGGCAACGGUUUUUGGAGGAGCGCCUCGUCUAACAACAAAGAAACGUGAUGUCGUUUUAGUCUCCCUCUGGCUCCACACCCUUCAUCCGACAUGUCGUUUCCUGGAUUUCCUGUCCUUUUGGUUUUUUUGGCGCAUUUUGUUCUGUGCAUGCCUGGAGAUAUGAUUGGGUUUUGACCAAAGAAAGGAAGAAGAUAUGAUUGGGUUGUGACCACGUUAGUUCGGCUAAAUCAUCCGCCGGUAAUUGGGAUAGUGUAACCAAAACAAUGUACUGAAUGUAAUGCAAAAUCGGCAUCACAGUUUUCUUGUGUGGAUUUGAGAUUAUUGACA